AUGGCGUUGGAGCUUGAGUAUCGUGCGACUUUCAUUGACGUCUACGAGGACCCGUUUGAGCUGUCAGGCUCACUUGUGCGAUCCUCUUCCGCUCCGGCCACGUACAGGAGGACGUUGGAGUGCGACGCGGAGUUCGAGGAGCGACAGCUGAAAAGCUAUGUGGACAAGCUGUCCCGGAGUUUGGAGGAGCUCUCGCAAGAGGUCAGCCAAAAAGGUGCACAAGGCUAUGAAGCCCAGCCGGCUGCGACUGAAGGUGACGAGGUUCAGCCCGAAGUGUGCCGCCGACCAUGCGUGUACUUCAACAGGGGCUUCUGUCAGAAUGGUGCCACAUGCACCUUCUGCCAUUACCCGCACUCCAACCGCGGGCCCAAGUUGGACAAGAACCAGCGCUCCACACUGGACGAGAUCACCAAGGCGCAGCUCCUUACGUUGGUGUUGCACUUCCUGCGUGAGCGUGCUGUCGUGACCGGCAUGCCAGACGAGGCUGCCGGUGUUCUUGCCGUCUUCGAAGAAGAGCUGCGCUUCUGGUGCGGGGGCGCGGACGUUGCUGAGCUGGAUGAAUCAGCCAUGGACACCAAGACUCGCAAGCUUGCCAAAGUGAUGGGGAGGAUGUCCUUUGGAGCCCUACUCAGCAUGGCAUCUCAUCGGUUGGACCGCGACCAGUUCCAACGUCACCUUAGCCAGGCGAUGGAAACGCUACGUCGGUCUGGUGAGCUUGUCGGGAUUAAUUAA